AUGGUCUACUAUUUCACAUCCAAUGUCGUCAGCCCGUCCGCCUUCCUGUAUGUCGGCAAGGACAAGUUCGAAAAUGAGGAUCUGAUCAACUUUGGAUUAGACAGCGAUGUCUGGGUCGGUUUCUUCCACGUUGAUAACCUCUCGAGUGCCCACGUCUACGUACGGCUCCGCGACGGAGAAACAUGGGAUAAUAUCCCACAACCCCUCCUCGAGGACUGCGCACAACUCACCAAGGCGAACUCCAUCGAGGGAAACAAAAAGGAUAACAUCACCAUCAUCUAUACGCCAUGGUUCAACCUCUACAAGGAUGGCUCGAUGGCCACCGGUCAAGUCUCCUUCCACAACCCUAAGCUGGUCCGCAAAAUCCUGGUCCGAGAACGCGAAAAUCCGAUUGUCAACCGACUCAACAAGACCCGUGUCGAGAAGUUCCCUGAUCUCCGAGCGGAGAAGGAGGACUUCAUGAAGAAGAAGCGAAACGACGAGCGGAAGACUCGAGACCAGCAGCGAGAGAAGGACAAGCUGGAAAAGAGAGAGCGUGAACAACUCAAGUGGCAGAAGGACCAUGCGUACGACGACAUGUUCAGCGCAGAAAACAUGGAGGCCAGCAACAAUCAGGACCGGGAUGAGGACUUCCUGGACGACUUUAUGUGA